AUAGUGCUUAUCUCUCUUUAAUAGAGAACAAGAGGAUGUGGUCAGUAAGAAGGAUCUUGUCAACUGUUUUCUUUGUCCAUUCUUCUUAUUUGCUAUCAUCAGGUAAUGUGGAAAACAUCCAGUGAGAUAUGCCUGGUGGCUGUGGUGGGCAAUGUGAUGAUCCUGGUAGUGAUAAAGAUGGAACGCAGCCUGCACCAGCCCAUGUACUUCUUCCUGUGCAUGUUGGCUGUCAUUGACUUGGUCCUGUCAACUUCUACCAUGCCCAAACUGCUAACUAUCUUCUGGUUUGGUGCCCGCAACAUUGACCGGGAUGCCUGCUUGACCCAGAUGUUCUUCAUCCACUGCUUUGCCACCGUUGAGUCAGGCGUCUUCCUUGCCAUGGCUUUUGAUCGCUAUGUGGCUAUUUGUGACCCAUUACGCCACACUUUGGUGCUUACUCAUGCAGUGGUGGGUCGUUUGGGCCUGGCUGCCCUCCUCCGUGGAGUACUCUACAUUGGACCCCUGCCCCUGAUGAUUCGCCUGAGGCUGCCCCUUUACCGGACACAAAUCAUUGCCCACUCCUAUUGUGAGCACAUGGCCGUAGUCACCGUGGCAUGUGGUGACACAACAGUCAACAACUUCUAUGGAAUGGGAAUUGGCUUCCUGGUAUUGAUCUUGGAUUCAUUAGCCAUCACUGCCUCCUAUGUGAUGAUUUUCAAGGCUGUAAUGGGAUUGGCCACCCCUGAGGCUAGGCUUAAAACUCUAGGGACAUGUAGUUCUCAUAUUUGUGCCAUUCUUAUCUUCUAUAUCCCCAUUGCUGUUUCUUCUCUCACUCACCGCUUUGGCCAUGAUGUGCCUCCCCAUAUCCAUAUCCUUUUGGCCAACUUCUAUCUCCUCAUCCCACCCAUCCUCAACCCAGUUGUCUAUGCUGUCCGUACCAAACAGAUUCGAGAGAGACUUCUCCACAUUGUUAAGGUAGGUUCUCAAUCCAAGUAA